AUGGGCAAACAGCGAAAUUCUAGAGCUAAAGAACGACGUCACGAUCCCUUACAUGUUCAACUAGAAGACGCAGAAAAGUUGCCAACGAAGCCACCUCGUGCAAAAUUUGCUAAAAGAAAUCAAAAAGAAGAAAAAGAGGAUGAAUAUAUCGAACCGAGAUUGUCGCGCAAAAUCUUGGAAAUUGCUCAAGAACAGCAGGAGGAAUUACACGAAGACGACUCUGAUCAGUUAGAUGAUGAUACUGAUGAUAACGAAAGAAAAGAAUUGGAAAUAGAUGAAGCGGAUCAAGAGAUAAUACAUAAAUUCAUGCCAAGUGGAAAGCAAAAAGAGAAACUAACUUUAGCUGAUAUUAUUAUGGGAAAAAUCGACGAGAAAAAUGCAAAAGCAAAAAAAAAGGUCUCGCAAGGAAAACAAAUAGAUCCUAAAAUCGUUGAAGUGUACACAAAAGUCGGAACAUUAUUAAGCCGAUACAAAUCCGGUAAACUCCCAAAAGCUUUCAAAAUCAUACCCUCGUUAUCGAACUGGGAAGAUAUUUUGUAUCUUACGCGUCCAGAGAAUUGGUCGGCUAAUGCCACAUAUCAGGCAACCAGAAUAUUUGCAUCUGUGAAGCCAAAACAAGCGCAAAGAUUUUUCGAUUUGGUAUUAUUAGAAAAAACACGCGAGGAUAUCCACGAAAAUAAGAAACUCAACUACCAUCUUUACAUGGCUCUAAAAAAGGCGCUGUAUAAACCAGCGGGCUUUUUCAAAGGAAUACUGUUUCCCUUGUGUGAGUCUGGCACGUGCACGCUAAAAGAAGCCGCAAUAAUCGGCAGCGUGAUUGCAAAGGUCAGUAUCCCCGUAUUACAUUCAUCGGCAGCGUUAUUACGUCUCGCGGAGAUGGAUUACAGCGGGCCGAACAGCUUGUUUAUUCGCAUACUACUUGAUAAAAAGUACGCGUUGCCAUAUAAAGUGGUGGACGCGUUGGUGUUUCAUUUUCUGCAGUUCAAAAAGGAUGAACGUGUGAUGCCUGUUUUGUGGCAUCAAUCGCUUUUGGUAUUUGCACAGAGGUAUAAACAAGACCUUACCCCGGAGCAAAAAGAAGCUUUACUCGAUUUACUGAAAUACAAGACUCAUAAUUUGAUCACGCCUGAAAUUCGUAGAGAGAUAGUGAAUUCUGUGGCGCGUGGUGAAAUGUUGUAUGAUAUUGAGAUGAAUGAUGUGUAG